GAAGAGGUGCUGCUUUUCGCCAUCGUCCGUGUCGGUCUUGGCUUUCUUUGCUUCCGGCUCAGAUGACAUUGCUAUCAGGCUCUUUUGGGUAUAGUGAUGCCUUGCUUGGUGCUAUGCUGUCUCUGUUGCUCAGGUUCAAGCUGGAUGGUUGUUAUUAUCGUUGGUUGUAUCCGAUGAUGAGCGAUCGAUCGAGGCUCAAUGGCCAUUGGCCGUUGCAUCUCACACAGGAUCGGGGAUGCGUCGAAGAUAUCUCUUAGGCGGGAUUGGGAGGUCGCGUAUUCAUUAUUCUUCGUCCCGUUUGAGAGAGUUAAGGAAAUCUUGGGAAUUCGAAAGAAGCUCCCAUUUCUUUCCCUCAUUUCCUCCGUCAUCAUUUUGCAUCCACCUCUGUCCGACUGACCAUGACGCUAUGUGCGGCAGGAAUACAGAAGCAGCAACAGUCUGUAGUACGAAGCUGUUGACAUCUUCGGGUAUAGCUGGAUCCAUUAUCAAUCUCAUUUUCUUGUCCAUAGACUGGAUUGGUAGAAAAUGCCCCCAAGAACGGAGGAAGAGAUUGGUUAUGGGAACAAUGGCCACUCCAAGAAAUUGGAGCUGAGCACAACGGGCGAGGAAAACACGGGCUAUGACGAAGUUGACGCACAGGAACAAGCUCUCAACGACGACGAGAAUAGGCCCAGUAAGAAUUGGCCCGAGAAGGAGGGCACUCGAUUCCAGCAAAUCUUCAAGUCAUGGACUUACUCCUACAUGAUGCCCUUGCUGCAAAAGGGACGGCAUCAGUUCAAAGACGGCAGUCACUUGACGCAGCAAGACUUGUUUGCCGUACCACAGGAGAUGGUAGCAAAAAAGUUGGUAGAAGAAUUCAGAGCUCUGUACACGGCAGAAAACGGAGAACUACUCCAUGUCUUGUGGAAACUCGCCGCACCCACAUUCAUCCCCGCCGGGUUUAUGCAACUGGCAUUUGUGGUAGCUCGCGUCACCCUCCCCAUGGCCAUGAGGCAACUCUUGACGGCCUUGGAAGAAAAUCCCAAUCAAUCCGUCAUUCGACAAGGGCUGCCGUGGGCGGUACUCAUCUUUUGCGCUGCAAUCUUGGCGGCGUUUGCGCAACACAGAGAGACACAUCUGGCCACCAAGAGUGGCAUUGUCAUGCGGGCGGCGCUCAUCUCCAUCAUUUACGAGCACUCACUCCGACUUUCGGCGGCGGGACAGGCAGGAAUCACCACUGGUGAAGUAACCAAUCUCGUGGCAACCGACACUCAAAAGUUGUUCGAAGUCUGCCUCGAAGGCCACUUGAUUUGGUCAUGUCCACUCUUUGUCCUGAUUGUGGCGGUUCUGCUUUGGGUUGUCAUGGGGCCAGAGCUUCUUGUGGGAGUCGUGGUCCUCAUUGGCUUUGUCCCAGUGGUCAAGUACAUUGUUUCAAGAAUGUUGAUGAUACGAAAGAAGCGAGCAACUCUGGCAGACGAACGCAUCAACAUCAUCACAGCCAUACUGCAGGGAAUACGAGUCACAAAACUCAAUCACUACGAAAGCAAAGUGCUAGAACGUGUAAAUGCUGUCCGAGACAAGGAAAUCAUAUUGUUGAGAUCCGAACUCUUCAUGUGGGGAUGGACCAUGGUGGUUGCUGUCUCGUCUCCAUUGGUGGCAAUAGCAGCGGCCUUUUCCUUUUAUGCUCUUGUCAAUGAAGACAACAUCAUCACUCCGUCCAGUGCCUUCACUGUCCUUCUCCUCUUUUCCAUUUUGCGUUUUCCAAUCAACAUGGGUGCAAGGUUGGUAGGGAAACUGGCCCAGGCUCUGGACUCGGCCAAGCGCAUUUCCGAUUUCUUGCAGAGAGAAACAGUGGAAGCACCCUUGCUUUUGGAAGGUGAAGGUGCCAAUUUGAUAGAAGAUUCUGCGCUGGUGGAUGUGGUUGGAGCAACCUUCCAGACUUGUACACAACAACAAGCAAUUGCGACCAGCGGUCCACAGGAGAGCACGAGGGAUGAUGAAACAAACGCGACAAACAAUGCAUUCACUGUGAGCAAUGUCAGUCUUUCGGUGCACAGAGGUCACCUUUGUUCGAUAGUUGGAAGAGUGGGAAGCGGAAAGUCUGUGUUGCUUCAGGGGCUGCUGGGAGAGAUGCAAGCUGCCGACAAAGCCAAAGUUUCAAUGAGAGGUAGCAUUGGGUAUGCCGCACAAGUCCCAUUUAUCCUGAAUACCACUCUCAGGGAAAACAUUCUCUUCGGGCUUCCCUUUGAUCAACAACAUUACCGACGAGUUCUUGCAGCGUGUUCACUGGAGCAGGAUAUGCAGCGCUUUCCUGGAGGAGACCUGUGUCAGAUUGGCGAGAGAGGUGUUACACUGAGUGGUGGACAGAAACAGAGAGUGUCACUUGCCCGAGUCCUGUAUGCCCGCCCUUCGAUCGCUCUCUUAGAUGACGUCUUCUCUGCCCUGGAUGCCGAGACAUCGAAGGCGGUGUUUAGCGGUUUGUUUGGUGCAGAGGGUGCUUUGAAUGACCAGGCGACGGUUCUUGUAACGCACGCGACAAGCUUCCUUAAUCGAAUGGAUCAGAUUGUUGUGCUUUCGGAGGGUGCUCCGAUCUUCAGUGGGUCUUUUGAAGAGCUUCAGAACUCCAAGAGCGAUGAAGCAAGCCAUGCGCUGGGGUCGUAUCUCACCAGGACGGAAAGCAGUGGCGACCUAGACGCUAGUAGCGAGGACAACCAGCCGGGGGAGGAACCUGACAACGAGAAGGAGCAAAUGAUCAUGACAGCAGAGGAGCGAGAGUUUGGUCUUUCCAAAUUCAGCACUUGGUUGGUUUGGUUCAAAUAUGCUGGUGGCUGGACUUUCUUCCUUUUGCAAUUCUUGUUCUUGGUCAUGGACCGGUCACUGUACGUUUCCAGUGAGUGGUGGAUUGCGACCUGGACAGACGCAAGUGAUGAGAGCACCGAGGCAUUUGGAAGGGAGUUCCCUCCGCAGACAGACGGGCGCUCAGCUCAAAUUCAGUAUAUUGUUGUUUACUUCAUCAUUCUCGCGCUAUCUAUUACUGCAACAACGAUUCGCUCGCAUUGGGGAGUCCAAGGAGGAGCCCGGUGUGCAGAGAGUCUGUUCAAGAUCAUGAUUUGCAGCGUACUCGGUUCACCAGUUUCGUACUUUGAGACAACGCCUUUGGGACGCAUUUUGAAUCGCUUCACGUAUGACAUUGAGGUGCUUGACAUUGAGCUAUCCGUCUCCAUGGCGGGUCUUUUAAUAUCAUGCUCUUGGUUUACAGCAUCAAUUGUGGUCAUGAUUACAGUGCUCCCAUGGAUUGUAUGCGUUCUGGUACCCGUUGUGGGACUGUACUUUCUUCUCCAGAGCUACCAUAGAUUGACCGGCCCAGAUUUGCAGCGCUUGGACGCUAUGUCUCGAUCUCCACUGCAAGCGCAGCUUGCUGAAGCCUUGGACGGUGCCGUCACGAUUCGGGCUUUCAAGCAGCAUAGCUUCUUUGUGGACAUUUUUCAUGCGAGCGUCAACCGAAACAGUGCGGCCAUGCUAAAUUUUGAUGCUGCACAAAGAUGGCUUGCUCUUCGUAUUGAGCUGCUAGGAUCUAUCAUUACUCUUUCAGUGUGUACCUUUGUGGUAUUCGGUAACGGUAUUCUGAUGCUGCCAGCAGGACUCGUGGGCUUCCUCAUUAUGUGGUCCAUUGUCUUCACGACAUCCUUGGGCUUCUUACUGCAGCGCUUCACUGAAACAGAGGCGAGAAUCACAGCCAUUGAACGUGUCAGUGCUACAUCUGAAUUGCCACAAGAGGCCGCAUGGGAGACGGACGCCUCCUUCAAACUCGAACCCAGUUGGCCCUCUCGAGGAUACUUGCAAUUCGACAACGUAUGCCUCCGAUACAGAGAAGAGCUGCCAUUGGCACUGGAUUCCGUGUCCUUUGAAAUCCCAGCAGGCUCGAGGGUUGGCGUCGUCGGACGCACGGGCAGCGGGAAGAGCACCCUGACAGUCGCUCUUUUUCGACUCGUGGAAAUUGAAAGUGGUUACAUUACGUUGGAUGGUGUGGACCUCUCCAAAAUUGGGUUAUCUGAUGUUCGGGGAAGAAAAAGCGGUCUACGCAUCAUCCCUCAGGAUCCUGUCCUCUUCGCUGGAUCCUUGCGUGAUUGCAUAGACCCGUUUCGAACUGCAACUGAUGAGGCACUCUUGGACGCCUUGAAGGCAGUCAAUCACGCUGGGUGGGAAAGGGGACUCGACGUUCUCAGCGAUUGUGUUGAGGAAGGUGGUGCUAACUACAGUGUGGGAGAGCGACAGCUUCUCUGCCUUGCUCGUGCAAUUGUUGAAGAGCCACGGGUUCUUGUAAUGGACGAAGCUUCUGCAUCGCUUGACAACGAGUCUGACAAGAGAAUCCAAAAGAUGUUGCGCGAAAGAUUCGCCAAGACUACCAUGCUAACGAUUGCACACAGACUCGACACAAUCCUCGACUACGACUCCAUUCUGGUGCUAGAUGAAGGCCGCGUUGCCGAGUUUGGACCACCACCUGAACUCCUGAGCAACCCAGAUGGAAUAUUCAGUGCUCUUGUCGGACAGUCGUCCGCGGGUGGCAACCAAGAUGGGAAUUAGUAAGACCGUACAUUUUAAAAAUGAGUGUCAUGCGGUGUUUCAAGUCCAAGCUAGCUAGUGGAACUGCCUCCUCGCCGUCGCUAUGAUGACGGGAAGAGGUCUGAUCGUUUCUCUUGGUUUGAAGUUUUGCG